AAUGAAUUAUUUAUCAAUGAAAACUUAGAAAUUAAUUUGCUAUGAAACUAGGUUUUGUUAGAUGAAAAAGAGAAAGCAGUCCAAGAUGUUGAAGUUAGGGGCCUUGUCAACUGGAUUCCAGAGGUAUCUGUUGAGGAUCCAAAGACAUCCAAAAAACCGCCAACUUCUCCUCGACCUCAAUCUGUAUCUCCAAAGCCUCUUACCUUAGAUUCAAAUAAAGGAUCUGAUGCUAAGAUCUUGCAUACAGUCAAUAAAAGAAAAGGAGUCCUUUCGCGACCUAAAAGUAGGUUGCGGUCAGCUUCUGCGGGAAGAAAUCCUGAAAAAGAUCUUAGAGCUAGGUAUUGGACAUUUCUAUUUGAAAAUUUGCAUCGAGCUGUUGAUGAAAUUUAUCAAACUUGUGAAAUGGAUGAAAGCAUUGUGGAAAGCAAGGAAGCUAUUAUGAUGCUUGAAAAUUAUAGCAAAGAUUUCCAUGCUUUGAUCCAGUACAUCAAUAUCAAUAAAAAUUAUGAGAAAACUGCUCCACCCAAUAGACCAACUUCAUUAGCAUGGGAAGUGCGGAAAUCUUCUCCAGGAAAAUCUCUGUUAAAAAAUGUGUUCAUUGAAAAACUCACUGCAGGGAGUCAAGCUAAGAGAGUUCUUUGUUUUGAUACUGCCAAUGAACCUAAGCAACUGCCUGCUUGUGAAGCUGACAACAUUUCACAGAUUUGCUCUAAUAAUCCUGUCCAGCAGACACCUGUACUUAAACUUGGAGAAACAUGUCUCUCAAACACAGAAACUGAUGAAUUACUAGAUCCUAUGAAAACGAAUGAAAUAGUAAUAGAAAAUAAUAGUGAUGUUAGUAUAGCUGUGCAACCUGUUUCUGUAGAUACUGUUUUCCCAUGCAAUCAAAAUUUGAUCAUUAAUGAAGUAUGCUGUCUAUCAGAUACUUCUACUGUAUUAAAACCAAGCACAAUAAUUGAAAAUGAGAGUGAAAGUUUAUAUGACAAUAAGGGUAAUAUAUUAAAUACUGCUGAUUGUGUGGAUAAGAAAACAGAAACAAAUAUUCCUCAGUUGAUUGAAAUUGACAAUAUCAAUAAAGAGAAACCUAUUGCUAAUGAUACACAGAAGUCUAUAGAUACUUCUGUUAUUAAUGGUAUGCAGAAUUCAAUAGUUACUUCAGUUAUUGAUAAUAUUCAGAAUUCUACCGGUGAUUUUGUUGUUAAUGGAGUGCAGGAAUCUGUAAAUCAUGUUAACUGUAAUUCUGAAUAUGGUGAAGAAGAUUCAACAUGUAAGGAUACAUUUGAAGUUGCUAAUUGUGUAGAUGUUUCUCUUAAGUGUCCAGCUGAAAAUAAUAGUAAAAGUUCAAAAUUACAGGGCAGGCUAAAAAAUUCUUCACAAAAUUCUAUGUCCACGAAGGUGCCUUUGGGAUCAGCAGCUGAAAAAAGUAAAAGUAAUUUAAAAAUAAAAACGUCUUUGAAAAAGACCGCAAGUGAGAAAAUCACAUCAGCUGUAUUUGGUUCUAAGCAAAGCUCUGUAAAUUCAUCUGAUCGAAAACUUAAUGCUGUUUCUAAAAAUAUUACAUCUUGUGAUGUGAAUGUUAAAGACAGAUUAAUUAAAGAGCAAGCUGCCCCUAAAAUUAAAGAAGUUCCAACAAAAAAGGAAAUUUAUUCUGGUGCAGAUUCCUGUAAAAAUUUAGCAAAUGCAAAUUUGAAAAAAAUACAUUCUAAAACCAAACCAAGUGUAGUUAAAAUGGCAGUUAAUAAUAAUAGUCAGAAUUUGGAGAAAUCUUCAAAUGAUAAUCUGGAUACAAAGCCAGCAAAUGAGAAACCAAGCAUAAAUAAAAAAGAAGCUGCAAAAUCAAUUAGUUCUGCAGAAAGUAAAAAAAUUAAAUCUAAUUAUGAAUCUGCUAUAAGAAGGAAUAUUUCUUUGGUAUCUUCUCUUAGUUCAAAAAAUCAACUUGGAAAAACAAAUACUAGUGCAAAACAAACACCAACACGUAUGGUAUCGCAUGCCAUCAAAUUACCCCAGAAAAGUGGAUCUACAACUUCGCUUCAUAAAAUAUCUAGUAAGAGAAGUUGGACUGAUAAAUCUUCCAGUGUUGAGCAAAUUUCAGAGAUCACAAAAUCAGCUCCUGAUGAGGAUUCUGAUGGAUGGGAGACUGUACGUGGACGUAAUAGAUGCAGAAACUCUCCAGCAAAAAGAACUGCAUUAACAAAUGAAAAUAAAGAAAAGCAAGCUGUUCAGUUUGCAAGAUUAAGUCAGUCAAGAAUUGGAGGAUUUCCUUAUACCACAAAAGGAAACUCUAAAUCAUCACUAAAGGUUGCUGCAUCUUCCAAAGAUUCAAUAACAAAUGGUAAAUUUGCCAAGAAAGAAAAUAGCUCAUGUAUCAAUAAAGAUGUAGCUGUUUCAAAAAGUGUUUCUUCAGACUCAGUUUCAGAUUUCAUCAAUAGUACUGUUUCAGACGAUGGCCAAUGCAAAAAUAACAGUGAAAUAAGGCAAAGUUGUAAAGAUAAUAAUAUUUUAAGCCAGGACAGAGAGAUCUGGAAAGAAAAAUUGUUGGCUGAUUUUAAUAAAGAUUUAUUUGUUCUAUCAAAAAAAGGAAAAGAUGCACUUGAAAGCAAAUCUGACAAUAAACGUUCAACGUUGAAAAAGGAGCCUGCAAACUUGAUGAAAACUGAUGAAAAAAAGUGUUUUGAUUCAAAUCAUUUAACUAGAUCAUCAAGUCUUCCCAAUCUGUUUUCAGAACAUAAAAAUGAAACUUCCAUUUCACAAAGUUUGUGUAUUAGUGAUGAAUCCCUAGGGCCAAAAUUAUAUUUAAAGGUGAAGCUUAAGAAAAAAUUAGAUGAAAAAGGCAGUGUCUCUUCUCGGAAAAGAAUUAAAAAAUCAGUUAUGAAAUCUUGGAAUUGUAAAUCUGCUCUUAAAGAAACCUUAAAUUCCAGUCAGGAUGAAAGUGACAAUGGUUUAACUUCUGAUGAUCAAGAUGGUACAAUGUCUCAUGAUGAAGCUUUUGAUGUGCACUGCCAAGAACUGUGUGAUGCUGCAUGGAAAUAUAGAAUUUUAGAGCAAGAAGUUCAUAAACUUGAACUUUCCUGGGAUGAACAAAUGGAUCGAUUUGAUUUUGAACUGAGAACACCGGGUCGAGCUCUAGAAAUGCAUGAAAAAUUAUCUUCCCCCUUUAGAAAAAAAUCAUUGUUGGAAUCAAUUCGCUUAUGUAAUGAAAAACAGUUAAAAGCUCAAGAACAAAGAGAACGACUGCUUGAAGAAAAAGCCCAAAAGUUUAAAGUCAUCGAAAAAAAGCGACAGGAAAUGAAGGCAUUAGCAGAGCAACGACAAGAAAAGCAACGCAUUCUAAUGGAGCAAAAGCUGCAAAGGGCUGAAGAAAAACGGAAAAAACAAUUACAAAUAAUUAUCAGGAAAGCUCAUGAUGAAGAAGAAAAGGUGAAUGAAAUAGCCUUUAUCAACACAUUAGAAGCCCAAAAUAAAAGACAUGAUCUUAUAUCUAAAGAGAAAGACCAUGAAGCUCGAUUACAUGACAUUCAGGAGGAAAGACAGCGGCGGCAAGAGGAGAAGGCAGCUAAAGAAGCUGCUGCAGAAGAAAGGAGAAAAGUUCUUGAAGCUGAAAGGCAAGCUCGCUUAAAUGAAAUGCAAGAAAAAAGGAAAAUGAGAGAUCAUAAAGUUGAGCAGUUGUUUUUGGUUAAAGAAAAGGAGAGGCAGGAAUUAGCCAGUCAAAAAGCAAGAGAUAGAGAACAGCGGCUGUCUGCAUUAAAUGCUCAACAACAAACUUGUAUUGAGGAACUACAGAAGAAGAUACAAUUAAAACAAGAAGAAAGCGCUCGCAGACAUGAGGAAAACAUAGAGCAGAUAAGGCAAAAAGCUUUUGAAUUGAGUGUUCGGAGGUGUUCUUCUAAUAAUGAUGAUGUUCCUCAACAUGUGCCUUAUGAAACAAAGAAAAUUUGUACUUUGUGUAAUGUUUUGAUUGGAUCAGAAGUUUAUUUGCUCAGUCAUCUUCGUGGCAAGAAACACCAAGAAACAGUGAAAGAUCAAUACCAAGGACAUGAUCCUUCUACUGAGGAAUUGGAGUUGUAUAAUUUAAAACAUAUUGUUGAUGCUUCUACUGAUCAACUGGAUCCUAAUAUUGCCCUUGACAAAGAAAGGCAAAAAGCUUUAAAGAAACGUUGCAAAAAGUUAAGGCAAAGAAUGUCCAUGAGAGGCCAAGAAUUUGAAUCUCAGCUGCAAAAUGUUGACAAUUCUGUGAAUUCUAAUGUGAGAACAAAGAUGUCUAAAGUAAUAAGUGAUGUUAAAAAGCUGGCUGCUUCUUAUGACAAACAUUCCAAUGACACCAGCUUAUUCUCUGCAUUAGAACGCUGCUUAACUGAAAUGGAUAUCAUAUUGCAAAAAAUGCUUUAUCAAGAUAAAGCUAAGUUAAGAGUUAUUGGUGGUAUAUCAGCUAUAAUUGACAUUUUUGGCAUUAUUUCUAAAUUUCCAUCAGAUAAGAUAGCUUUUCUGCAUAAAAAGAUCAUCAAUCAUGUCAGUAGUACAGCUGGAAAUGCUAUUGAUAACUGUUAUGAAAAUUCUGUGUAUAUAUUGCAUAGCAAUAAAAUUGGCCAUCUUUUAGAUUUUCUCAUUAGCAGGCUUAAUCUUUUGAUACCAGACAACUGUAAUCAAGUGACAGUUAACCAAGUGAAAUCAACUGGAAACAUUGUACAGGUAGACACAAUUGCUGGAAAGCUAAUGCAUUUUUUAAGCUGCAUACUUACUACUUUAUCAGUUAAAAGUAGUGAAACUCAAUGCCUGGAUAAUAUGCAACAAAAAGAAAAUAAGACAGAGGACUUCCAGUUUAGAGUUCAAGAUGUAAUAAGCUAUAUAGUAAGCAUUGGAAUAGUAGACAAACUUUCUCAGUACUUCAAUAGUGUUCAAGGUCUUAUAAAUAAUGAAACUGAAGUUGCUGAUUUCCUUUUGGACUGCAUUAAUUUUCUGACUGCUAUCAUAAAAGUGUAUUCUGAUUGUUUCAGUUCUGUGCCAAACAAGAAAGCUGAUGACUCAACACAUUUGAUUGCUACAUUUAAAGUUACUAAUAUGGUUGGAACUCUAUCAUUUUUAUAUGGACUACUUUUACAUAGUGGGGCUUCCUCUCGGGGAGAAACUCCAUCUCCACAGUUGCCAAAACAAGUUGAAGUAUUGGCAGUAUCAACUCUUCGCAUGUUAAAUCAUAUGGCUGUUAUGAAUCUACAAGCAUUUCAGAGCAUUAUGGGAUCUGAAGGUCUGUCACUUCAACUACGACAUAUAACUAGUCAUUUGUUGUGGUACUGCAGCCAUUGGGCUUCUGACGUGCUUCUUCAUGAAAUCAUACUUCUCGUAGGAUAUUUCACUGUCCUCAAUCCUGAUAACCAGUCUAUUAUUCAAGCAGGACAAAGACCUACUGUUCUUCAACAGUUAUGUUCUUUACCAUUUCUAUACUUUAGUGAUUCAGAACUUACAGAUAUCUUAUUUCCAACUUUAAUUGCAUGCUGUUUCAAUAAUAUGAGUAAUAAGAUAAUACUUGAACAAGAAAUGUCUUCUGAGCUUCUGACUAAUUAUAUAGAGGUGAAAUAUUUAAAUAUGGAGGGAUUUAGUUCUUGCAGUACCAAAAAUGGAAAAACUGAUAAGCGAUGGUUAUUUUUCACAAGAUUUCCAAAAAGUUAUUGGACUACUGCAAAACAGUACUUUGCAGUUAAAUGAGUUUCAGGAUUUAAAAGAAGAGUUAAGAAUAUCGGAGCAGAAUUGUUUAUUAUAAGUGCAUUUAAUUGUGAUGUGUUCAAUGUAUAUGAAUUCAGAAAAAGAGUACAGUUAACUAUGUUAAUUUGAGAUUUAUUUUUUAGUUUAAUUAUAGAAUCAUGUAAAAUUUAUGCUUAUGUUAAAACUACAAAUUAUUAAUUUUGUAAUUUGAAUGUAAUAUUUUCUGUUUGUUAAUGAAUUAGUGACCCGGUAAAAAAAAUCAUUUAUGUAAAAGUUUUUAUUACUUUUCUUAUAAAAGCUAUAAUAAAAAUUAUUAUAUGAUCAA